CGGUGUUACCCUCUAUUGUUUCCCAAUACCACCCAAAUCAUGAGUCUUCUUCUUUCAUACUCAGCUUCCCAGCCUCUGCUGCAAGCAAUCUGAAAAACAAGAAAGAAAUGUUCGGAGUAGUGUUUCCCAAUAGGAGCUUCCCAAUGGAUAUCUCCACCUUCUCCCAAAUCGACACAUUCCAUUGGGUCCUCGACAUGAACACUUUCGUCGGCGAGGCCUACGACCAAGUCCGCGAGCUCUGCAUCUUCCUCCUCAACUCCUUCUCUCUCCCCGCCGAUAAAGCCCUCGCCGUCUACAUCCAGUCUCCAGGAUCGCCGUUCCUCUUCUGUGGCGCCGUCACUCUCAGCCGCCCCUCCGCCGUCCUCAGCCUCCCCUGGCCAGAGCCCGGAAGCGGCGGUGAGAUGCGCCUCACGGCCUCUGGCGACGCCCCCCUCUCCGCCAAGAUCGGCGUCUCUGUCGAGGACCUCGCCGCGCUUCCCUCGCUUGACGUCGCCGCCGAGAAGAGGAUCGAGCGGCUGGCGAUGAAGGUUGGAGAGAAUCUCUUUAACUUUAUGCAAUCGUUUUGCGGCGUCGACGGCAGUAAAUUGGUGGUGCCAAUGGAUAUUUUGGAUCGGUGGUUCAAGAAGUUUAGAGAGAGGGCGAAACGCGAUCCCGAGUACUUGAAGGGCUUCGCUUUGUGAUCUUGAGGUACUUUUGUGGUCUCUGUAUUGAAUUUAGGGUUUAGUUUUUGGAAAUCAUCUAUUUUGAAUGAAGAAAUAGAAAUGGUGUUUGAUUUAGUUGGUAAUUCACAUCUUUGCAUUUCUGAAAAUGUUUAUUUUGCUUAACGAUAAUAUGGAGGUUCAAAAAGCAUGGAGGUGGUACUGAAUUUUGACAGAUAUUACAGAUAUCAUGAUUUUAUAUGAAGAAGCAUUCCGCCUUUUGUCAUUAAUAUGUGGUUUGUUUCCAGAAAUUCUCUGGUUU